AUGCAAAGGGUGCAACUAGGCUUCUUGCGCACUCUUCUUGCCUGCGGGUUGCCGGAUAAUUUCGCCGAGAAAAUGUCUAAGAAAAGAGGACUUUCGUUGGAAGAGAAGCGCGAGAAAAUGCUUCAGAUCUUCUACGAUUCGCAGGACUUCUACCUUUUGAAAGAAUUGGAGAAGUUGGGUCCAAAGAAAGGUGUGAUCAGUCAGUCUGUGAAAGAUGUUAUCCAGAGUUUGGUGGAUGAUGAUCUCGUUUCAAAGGACAAAAUAGGGACUUCUGUGUACUUUUGGAGUCUGCCAAGUUGUGCUGGAAAUCAGCUAAGAAACAUACGCCGGAAACUAGAAAGUGAUCUCCAGAGUGGAAAUAAUAGGCUUUCAGAACUUACUGAGCAAUGCGAGUCUUUGAAGAAGGGACGUGAGGAGUCUGAUGAACGGGAUAAGGCAUUGGAGGAGCUCAAAGAGAUUGAACAGAAACAUAAUGAGCUAAAGAAUGAACUUGGGAAAUAUGCAGAAAAUGAUCCAGCUACUUUUGAGACAAAGAAGAAAGCAAUUGAAGUAGCUCAUGCAGCAGCUAACAGAUGGACAGAUAAUAUCUUUACAUUGCGACAAUGGUGUUCAAAUAACUUUCCCCAGGCCAAAGAACAACUUGAUAACCUUUACAAUGAGGUUGGAGUUACAGAUGAAUUCGACUACUUGGAGUUACCUGCAGUUCCCGUGGCUCCUAUUGAGCAGACCCUGGAAACUUAUGAUUGA